AUGGAUCCCAUCAGUGUGCGCGACGUCAAGGCGGAUGGCAACGCCAGGAUUCAUGUGGGCAACAGCUCCAUCACGCAUGUGCAUAAUUAUGCGGAGCCGCAAGAGCGUCUUGAGCUGCCACCUGAUCCAUUCUCUUUGAUCCCUUUCUCACGGGAUCCGGACUUUGUUGGUCGUGGCGACAUCCUCGACCAAAUUGCGGCGCACUGCGGGCAAGCAGGGGGCAGAGCAGCGCUCGUUGGCCUAGGGGGCGUCGGCAAAUCCCAGCUGGCUAUCGAGUAUUCUCACCAAACAUCGGAGAAGAAUAAGGAUGCCUGGUUGUUCUGGGUGCACGCCGGCACCAGAGCCAGAGUCGAGGAGGGCUUCCGUGCCAUAGCGGACGCCGUCAAGCUCCCAGAUCGGCACAAACCCAAGGCCGACAUUCCACAGCUCCUGCACGCCUGGCUUUCCAACGAGAGAAACGGAAAAUGGUUCAUGAUACUCGAUAGCGCCGAUGAUCAGGACGUUUUCUACGGAGGGGAGAGGGGCAGCCAGCCACUUGCCUCGUAUCUGCCUCAGAGCCCCAACGGCUCCAUCCUCGUGACUACGCGUGACCAGGCCUUUGCAAUUCGGCUCACGGGAAGCUACAAAAGUAUCAUCAAGGUUGGUCCUAUGAACCCAGAACAGGCACUCUCGUUUCUGGAGAAGAAAUUGGGCACGCUCUCUGAGCCUGAGUUGGGCGCUGAGCUGGUUAGCGCCUUGGACUGCAUCCCACUGGCCAUCAACCAGGCGGCGAGCUACAUCCAAGCACGGGCGCCACGAAGCAGCAUCAAGAAAUAUCUGGCAGAAUUUCGACAAAGUGAAGGGAAGAGCGCGAAGCUGCUAGCACACGAUGCCGCCGAACUACGGCGCGAUGGAUCCUCCUCCAACGCCAUUAUGAAGACGUGGCAGAUUUCCUUUGAUCAUAUCCGCACAAAACAGCCUUCUGCGGCUGACUUGUUAGCUCUUAUGAGCUUCUUUGAUAGCCAGUCAAUUCCUGAAUCGGCUCUCAAUCCCGAGGACGACUACGAUUCGGAUUGUGAAUCCGACCUGGAGUCCAACUGGGCCUCUGAAGAGCUUGCGAACCAUGCUUCGAUGAGAUAUCUUCUGAAAGUAAAACAACGCCACGAAGAAGGCGAUGUCGAUGAUGGAGAUGGCUGGGAGAGUGAAGGCGAAUGUGGGUUUGAGGAAGACAUUGCUUUGCUGCGGGACUACUGUCUCAUUUCUCUACGCGAAUCCGGCGCACAAUUCGAGAUGCAUCGCUUGGUACAGUUGGCAACUAAAAAAUGGCUUGCCAUUUCAAAGAGACAAGAAGAAUUCAAGCAACUAUUUAUUCACCGAAUUUCAGUGGCAACACCAAUGCCCGAAGAAUCAGAGGAGCUGAAAUUUAGAGAUCUAUUUUCCCAGCUCCAAAUUGCAAUUGGCUACUGUCCAAAUAAAACCAAUUUGCGCUCUUGGUAUUUCAUGUGCUAUCGAACCGCCUGGUACCUGGGCUACGUUGGACGGCAAGCCGAGGCUAAGGCUAUCAUGGAGAAAUCGCUCGGGCUUUGGGAAGCAAGAAAGGGGCCAGAACACGAAAACUGCUUGACGGGCAAAAAGCUACUUGCCGGCUUGAUGGUUGAAUUAGACGAAACUCUUGCGCCUGAAGGCGAGGCUCUUGUUCUGCAGGUUUUGGAAAUUGAGAAAAGAAAUCUCCCUCCGGAUUCGCGUGAUAUACUCUCGACGAUGAUGUGGCUGGCAAGUAUCUACGCGCGACAAGACAGGUUAGAGGAGGCGGAGAAACUACAACUUCAUGUCGUCGAGAAGCACAGAGCUACAGCUGGACUGGAGGAUGGGCUCACGCUCUACUACAUGUCAUCUCUAGCCUCAACCUAUCAUGCACAAUCUCGUUUGGAUGAGGCCGAGAAACUUGAGCUAGAGGUCUUGACGCUCAGCAAAAAGACAUUUGGAGAGCGUCAUCACGAUACCUUGAGUCGGACCGCCGACUUGUCCGAGACGUUUAUUCUGCAACUAAGAAACCAGGAGUCAGUGGAGCUGGCGUUGCAAGCAUUGCAGAUACAGUCGCCUUCUGAUCAGGUCCAAGAUCAAAUUUGUCUUCGGCUCAAAGCUCAGCUGGCAGGCAACUACUACAAGAUGGCUCUGUUUGAUGAGUCGUUGGAACUCAACACCCAGCUGGUACAGAUUCUGUCGUCCAAGCUAGGGCCAUAUCAUUUCGAAACACGGCAAGCUAUGGCUCGUUUGGCUCAAGACUACAAGCACCAACGCAGCUACGUAAAGGCGGAAAUUCUGUUGCUGGAUGUGUUGGAGAAAACCAAGACUUGUCUUGGCGAGGCUCAUUACAGUACGUAUCAGCUCAAAUGUAAGCUGUCUGCUCUAUAUCAGGCACAAGGCCGUCCAGAGGAGGCUGAGAAGCUGAUUUUAGAGAGCCUCGCUCUCGAAAUGGCCAAGUCGGGGCCAGCUCAUGUCAGCACGCUCAGCAAACAAUUGGAUCUGGCAUUGUUUUACCGAAGGCAAGGAAAGGUCGAGAAAUCUCGGCCACUGUAUUGCCAGGUUUUGUCAACCUGUCGAAGCGAGCACGAUGUAAAGCAGCUCACCGAAAUGGACUGCUGGGGUGAAUUGGCAAAUGCAGUUUGGGAUGAUGAAGACAAAUGCCAGGAGCUGGAGACACUGUUGACAGACGUUGUAGCCGCAAGAGAAGUCCAACGCGGCCCGGAUCAUGUCAGUACCAUAUUUUUGUGCACACAUUUGGCCAAGGUCAAGGAAUCCUUGAGCCUGUGGGACGAUGCGGCAGCCCUUCGUCUGCGUGUCCUAAAUCAUUAUGAAGCAAAACAUGGCAAAGCUCAUUCUUGCACUCUUGGCCAUAUGAGCAAUUUGGCUAUCGUUCGCAAGGAGCAAGGUCGCCUGGCAGAAGCAAGGGAGCUGCAGGAUCACAUCACCGGCAUUCGCAAAGCAAGGCUAGGCAUGGAUAGUAAUCAGACUCAGGAGUCCAUGGCAGAGCUUGCACAAAUUGCUCUUCUACAAGGCGAUUUGGCUGAAGCGGAAAGCAAUGCAGCGGAGGUGCUGCGACGCAAAGAAGCAAAAUACGGUCGAGGACAUGGGGUGACGUUGUUGUCGCUCUCGAUCUUUGCCAGCAUCAUCGCAGCGCAGGCAGUACUAGAAGAGAGUCGCCGAGAAGAAGCCGCCAGACUGUUCGAAGAACACGAUUGUUUGUACAAGGUCGCAUAUCCUGAUGAUGAGUUGGGGAGGUCAACAGGUCUACUCCAGAUGGGCCUGGCGAUGGACAAGAUGGGCAUGCACAGUGAAGCAGAACAACGCUUGGAAGAGGCGUUUUUAAUACGGAAGAGGAUUGCGCCUGAUGACCCUGAUACCCUUGUGGCCAUGGCAUUGCUUGCCCGCAUCUGGGACGGCAACGGCAAAUGGGUCAAGUCCAUGGCUCUACAAAAGGAGUGCAUAGAGAUAUAUGAGCGCGUUCAGGGCUUAGACCCCGAAAUGGCCGCAGUUGCCGUGGAUGACUACAAGCAAUGGGUCAAGGAGCUGGAGGAGCAUGAUGAGGAAAAUGCGGACGACGCCGACCAUCCGUUUGAGACUUGCGAGGCAUGCAUGGCCAGCCGAAGCGUCCGCGGCGAGACGUGGCCACCCGCAUCAGCAGCGCCUUGA